CAAGCAAAUCUGUUAAUUAAACAAUUGGUACAAAAUAAAUAAGCAGGGAUGUACCUUAGGCUACCACAUUCAUAACUAAACAACUGUUGUACUGUGGUUUACCUUGGAGAUAAAUACUAAUACCAAUAAUAGUGUUAAGGUAUGUGCACAUACUCAUACAAACAUACAGUAUACAUAUCAUAUACAUGUACAUAAACAUAUGUAUUAUUAUACAUAUCCCAUACUACUUAAUAAUAGUCAUGACAUACAACAUCACAAUUUCCAUAUUCACACAUUAUUGAUAUUGGUAGUGAUAAGUUUCAGUAAUACUUACAGUUGGUUUUGGAGAGUAGGAAGCACUAGUUGUAGUAUGUGAGCCCUCGGCAAACCAUCUGCCUAGGCAUCUUCCUGGAAGAAUAAAUCAUAACUUCUGUGCAUAGAAAUUAAAUACAGUGUUCCUUCAUUCUUAAAUAUUACCCAACAUUGUUUUGGUCUUAAAGUUUUCCUAAAAUAAUAAUAUAUAAUUCCUCUGUUGUAAAAUAGCCUUUCUGUAUAGUAAUGUAAAUGUUUUAAUAUCUAUGUUGUAAUUUAUCUUGCAUGUACAUGGCACCUGGAGGAACUUUCGUCUUUGUUUCAUCUCACUGCAUACCGAAAUCUUUGAAAUGACAAUAUACUACCUGACUUGACUUGACUUGACUUGAACAACAUUACUGCAGUUAUUUACUUAAUAUGUGUGUCUAAAGGUGUAUCUUUAUUUUAUUUUAUUUAUUUUCCUUUUUUAUAUUCUUUUGUUUUGCUUCAUGAUUUAUUUGUAUUUGUUUGGAGCUAGUUGUAGUUUCUCUGUCUCUGUUCUCUGAUGCUACAAGGUGUGUCUAAUCCUGCAGGAUGAGGACAGAAAUUUGAACUUGGUGCACCUGGACCUGCAACUGCUGGGGACCCUGUCCUGUUUCCAUGUCAUUACCACGGUGUUGUUGUGUUAUUAUGUCUUCAAUGACUUUAACUCACCUGAAGCAAUCGGUGAAGGAACUGUGUGUACAGCAGGAAGUCCAGCUCAGACCUAAGUGUAAGCUGAAACCCAAGAAGCCUGUAAACUCAUACCUCUGUCCUCUCUGCAAACAGGAGUAAGUUGAUCUGGGUCACCUGACAUGUUCCAUGGUUCAGCCACCUCUGUUCUCAUAGUCUGCUCACUGACUGCAGCAUGACGGACGCAGAAGCCUGGAGGCCACAACAGAAUGGCCCCAGAAUCCUCCAACCUGGGCCUAGACCAGGACCAGAACCAGCUCCAAACUGUGUGUGGAUCUCUCUAAUCGCAGAGCGUCUUUACUUUGCCACUUUACGCAGCAAACCAAAAAGCACAGCCAACACUCACUACUUCUGCACCGACGAUGAGUUUGUCUAUGAAAACUUCUACGCUGACUUUGGGCCUCUGAACCUGGCCAUGUUGUACCGAUAUUGCUGCAAACUCAACAAGAAGCUGAAGUCAUUCACUCUAACCAGGAAGCGAAUCGUUCACUACACUAGUUUCGACCAGAGAAAAAGAUCUAAUGCUGCUGUGCUGAUUGGAGGAUAUGCUGUAAUCUACCUGAAGAAAACCCCAGAAGAAGCCUACCGAGCUCUAACCUCAGGUUCAAAUGCCUCCUACCUGCCUUUCAGGGAUGCUGCGUUUGGUAACUGCACCUUCAACCUCACUGUGCUCGACUGUCUGCAGGGCAUCAGGAAGGCUCUGCAGCACGGCUUCUUCGACUUUGAGACUUUUGAUGUCGACGAGUAUGAACACUACGAGCGGGUUGAGAACGGAGAUCUGAACUGGAUCGUCCCAGGAAAGCUGCUGGCCUUCAGUGGACCUCAUCCUAAGACCACAGUGGAGAACGGUUACCCUCUUCAUGCUCCUGAGGCUUAUUUCCCAUACUUCAGGAAACACAACAUAACCACCAUCGUCCGUUUAAACAAGAAGAUCUAUGACGCCAAGCGUUUUGCCGAUGCCGGCUUCGACCAUUACGACCUCUUUUAUGUGGAUGGAAGCACUCCAGGUGACAUCAUCACACAGCGCUUUCUGCACAUCUGUGAGGGCACGGAGGGUGGCGUUGCUGUCCACUGCAAGGCUGGUCUGGGCAGGACGGGCACUCUGAUUGGUUGUUACCUGAUGAAGCAUUACCACUUCACUGCAGGCGAGGCCAUCGCCUGGAUCAGGAUCUGCAGACCCGGCUCUGUGAUUGGGCCACAGCAGAACUUCCUUGAAGAGAAGCAGUCUGUGCUGUGGUUGCUUGGUGACAGUGAGCGUUCUCAGAAGGCCAAGGGGGAGGAGAGGGGUGUGUCUCAACUCAUCACCAGUAUGGACAACCUGGCUUUAAACUCCAGCCACAACAGCAGCUUGAGUAGACUACCGAUGUCAGAGCAUCUACAUGAGAGUGAGGUGACAGGCAGUGGACCAGGCUUGACGCAGGGAGACAAACUGAGAGCACUGAAGGGCCGCCGCCGCCCACGUCCCGCCACCACUGGAGCACUUAGGGUAGAGGAGAUGAAGAUGCAGAGCAGGUUGGCCUCGCAACAUCUCAGGCUGUCGAUGGGGGUUAGUCAGGGCCCCGCCUCACCCCUCAAGUCCUCCAAAUUCCCAGCAUCUUCUGCGUCUGCUGUGGCCAAAAGGGUUGGUAGAAGCUCAUCAUCGUCUACGUCCAACAUCAGGAGCUCUGUCCUCAGCUCUCGAUUGGCCAGCUCUCUCAGUGAUUUGUAUGCUGCAGACAUGGAAGAAAACAGGAAGACUCUCUGCACAUCUCUUCCUCCUUCCUCGUCUGUGACCUGUGUGACCCUAAACCCCGCCCAUUCUUUCACUCCUCCCUCCUCUCUCAGUCGCUAUGGUAACGGACCUCGUAGCAUGCAGCAUGAGAUCAACAACAACGGUGGUCUGUAUGGUGGCCCAGCAGUACCCCCUACAGGGAAAGGCUUUAUUCGGCCAGGGCCUCGGGAUUUGAGCUCUUACAGUGGCUCUGGGUCUCACAGCACUACGAAGGGCCCGUCAAGACGUUACCUGAGCCGCUCCAUACCUUCUCUUCAGUCUGAGUACAUCCAGUACUAAAACUACACAUCUUCCCAGAGGACACGUUACCCACAAUCCCUCCUGACUACCCUGGACCUGAAGCUAAUAAAGGGGCACAGUUUCUGUGUCAGGAUUCAGACUGAGCCUCUUAAAGUGUAUGAACAGCUCGCAUUUUAGAUUUCUUAUGAUGAACUGAAAUAUAUUGUUGCCUUAAUUGUUAUUUGAUUCUGUUACCAUAAACAAGGUCAUGACAAGUAAGUUUGUUGUCAUGGUAAUAGUAUUUCUUUCCUGAUUUUGAUCAUUUAAGAAGCUUGUUAGUGUUACCCGUUCUUAUCCGUAAUAAAUAAUAAAAGAAGGGGCCAGAGAAGCCUCCAAACCCACACGUUGACCAGCAGCACAGAGGAAAUGUACAAAGACACAUUUUGUACAUUUGGUGAAUUGAUCAGUGUCAUUUAGUUCAGUCUCAGUUGAGAUUAUUUACAUCUCAACCCACAUCAUAACAAAAAUCUGAAUCAGGAUCAAAAAGCUUGUUGUACUCAAUAGAGAAUGACAGGAACAGAUUUUAUUCAAAAUCAAAGCGGUAAAGUAGCAAAUCAUGUGCCUUUCAUAACAUGUUCCCACAGCACAAGCUUUAAUGUCAUUGCCAUUGUACAUAAGAGUGAAUCCAACAGUUUUUCUCAGUCGCAACAGCCUUUACUGCAGUUCGGGUUUUCAGAAACAGAGCGGAAAUCUAGACAUGAAGGUUUACAAACAUUCAGAUCCAGAUUACUUUAUAACCUAAACACACGUAACAGAAGUAACCUCAAGCAGAGCCCGGCUCUGGGUGGGUGGCCAUCUGCCUCAGUGAUCACACUCGCUCUUGUUUAAAAUAAUUAAAGGUUUUACCCCCCUCUCACAGUUUGUUCACUGACAUCCAGCAAGUGACUCAUCGUGUUAGACUGCCAACUGUUUGGUAAUUGUUUGCACAAUGUUAAGUUACCUAAAUAUGCAAUAAUGGUAGCACGUCUGCAUCCUCUCUGACCUUAUUAAUUAGAAAUAAACUCUGAGCUCAGAUUGACCAUGACCAUCCAACAAUUAAAUUCUAUGAGAAAACUUUACUGGUUGUACUUGUAAUUUUAUAAAGUUACAUUUUAUGUUAAUGUUACAAAGACAUCUAUUAAGAUGAUGUCACUGCAAAGUAUUUUUUUCAUGACGUCAUCAGAUCUGUUUGGUUGUUUUCAUAGUAUAAAGCUAGCCUAACGUUUUCCUCAACCACCAGUCUGUGUGCUAAGCUAGGCUAAUGGUUUUCCCAGCUUGCAGUCUGUGUGCUAAACUAGGCUAAUGGUUUCCCCAGACUGCAGUGUGUUUGCUACGCUAUGAUAACAGUUUCUCGAGCCUGCUGUUUGUGUGCUAAGCUAGACUAAUGGUUUCCCCAGAUUCCAUUCUGUGUGCUCAGUUAGGCUAACGGUUUCCCCAUCUUACAUUCUGUUUCCUAAGCUAGGCUAAUGUUUUUCCCAGCUGCAGUCUGUGUGCUAAGCUAGGCUAACGUUUUCAUGAUAAUUGCAGGACAAUUUUUUGGUGAGUUGAAACCCUCAUACAGUGUCAGUCGUCCUCUUCAUGUUCAGGUGAUUUACUCGCUCUGACUGGUUAAAGCAAGAGCUGUUUGAGAAGGAAAUUUAUUAAUCAAAUGUUUUUUUAAUAUUCAUUUUCUACCUCUGUUUUCAUGAACUAGUUUUUCUUGUACUGUAUGUACAUAAAAAGGGAAAUUUGUGAUAGGUCUUUACACUGGAGCCUCUUGAAAAUUUGUGAGAAAACAUUCUUUCAGAAUAAAACCUCCUACACUAAUAAGUCUCUUGUUUCAUCCUGUAAAAAUGUUGUUUCAUGCUAAAGAGUAUUUCAUCAAAUGAAAUUGAAGUGCCUUACACCGUGAAACUGAGUAGGCUGCUCCUGUAUUACAUAUAUUACAGUAACUCUCCGCAGCAGAGAAGAAAGGACUUUCCAGCUAACAGUGUUUAAAGUAUGUUUUUCAUUUGUUUUUCAUGAAUUUUCAGGGUUUUUUUUAGUAACAUUUUAUUCCUUGUAACUGACAAAACAAUCACAGAAAAUAAAAUAUUUUUGUUUUGAA